ACAGAAGUUGAAAUUUUUUCACUGUACUAGUAAGUGGUACGCUCACGAUAAGAGUUCAAAAUGUUAUUUUAUUURCGUAUAUGCACUUGUUCUUACGUUGUGUCAAUUCUGACAGAGAGAAAGCCUGAGGUUUUCUUUGGCCACUGAAUACCAUAAAAUCACAACCCAAACUUCCCAAAACCUUUCAGUCUUUGUUUUCUUUUUUUUCGUAGGAUCGACUGCUCAUCAAUUACAAGAAAGAUGAAAUUUUUCACUACCUUAUCAGCUACCUCCUUGGUACUUAUUUUCGAGAGUCUUCUACUCCAGUCCGGAGCUGAACCGGUGCAAAAGCUCUAUUCCAAGACCGAAUACCUCGCUAGUGAUGUAUGCGAAUCCGCAUCCGACGAAGAAACCUGUACCAAAACAGAUCUAUUUGACCAGCUUCACUCAUGCGAGUGGGCGUUCGGAAAAUGCUUUCUGAUGGUGGAAGAAGAUAUCUGUGAGUUCGGUCAUAACAACUCCGAGGAGUCCUGCAAUAAAUCCUCAGGUUGCGCUUGGCUCACACCCGAACCUGGGCGCCCUGGGGAGGGAGAGUGCCUCUCAUACAAGAAUAUCAAUUCAAGAGGCUGCAAAUUCAGUACCUCCUCUAGAGUCUACUCGAUCAAGGAUAAACUCAAGUGCAACGACAUCAAGGGCUGCGCAUGGUACAGUGGCAACGGAGGGAAGAAGACCUGCCAAGUUGCCCCAUCACAAAUUGAGUGCCAGGCCAUCGACAACAAGAAUGCCUGCAAGAGUAGUGGCUGCGACUGGAAGAAAAAAGGCAAGGUCUGUCAGGGCCGAUGGGAACCGAAAUUUCUCCACUUUUUGGUUGGGAAGGAUKCAGAGCACGCCAAGCUGGCCCUCAGGGCGGAAUACGGCGAAACCUACACCGUUCACGUGGAGGAGCCCCAACUGCAUGUGCCCGAACGAAUCACCCUDGUGGUAAACGAUUCCAGCGUUGUGGUAGAGACACCACAGUUUGGUUAAUUCCAUUCAUUGAUCGAAUUCCGCGCUCUCCCAUUGCGUUUUUCCCUUCUAGGGAUUCGAGCCCCAAUGCUCCCCUGUACACUAUUUUUUAUUCUAGAGCAAUAAUUUUUACCCAACACC